AUGUCGCGAUUAUCUAUGGUGUUAGUGCUUACGAUGCUGUUCGGCUUGAUCGCCUCUCAAGUGGCCGAUCACCCGGACCUAUGUGAACGUACAUACUGUGAAUGCACCCCCGCGAAGCACCCCAACUGGAUGGUUGUUAACUGCACUCUACCGAAUAAUCAGAAGUUGGACAUCGUCGAGGGGGAUGUCCCCGAAAAAACUACAGACUUGAUUAUAACCGGUGGUAAUGCUGUAACGAUCAACCCGAACGCACUGACCCGACUGAGUGAUGCAAGACUUCUUCAUAUAUCCGAUACGAAGACUAUAACCUUAAGAAAGUCCACCGCAGUACAGAUGAAUAUAGUUAACCUCUAUCUCGAUAUAAGCAACUGCGAUGUACUGCGUAUUGAAGAAAGGAGCUUCGUCAAUAUAAAAGGUCCCCUGUCUGUGACUAUAAAAGACUGUCAACAAGUUUCGAUCGAGAGCGAAGCUUUCUCUUGGCUUUUAUCGAUAAGCAUUGAUAACGUGACUCAGCUGCAUCUCAGCAGCGGUUCUUUUAUGUUGGACUCCACAGCUGCAAACGUUGGCGAGCAUGGUCCAGGAAUGACGAUCAAAAUUAAAGAUGUGGAGAUACCUGAAUUUGCUGGACAAACGUUCGGUUCUUCCGCUGCUUUGAUAUCGAUGGAAGGUGUACAAGUCCGAGCUAUACGCCCCGAGGCAUUUUCGGCAAAUACGUACAAUAUUGUGAUGGCAACGAAUUGCUCUUUCCAAGUAAUCGAAGGAGAAUCAUUUACACAGAAAUCCUUGAUCAACAAUCUUCAUUUCUAUGGGUGUAUUAUACAUCAACUUGCUACUGGAGCAUUACAAUCGGCGGUCGCUAAACUUAACAUUUCCCAUACUCAAAUCGACAAGGUUGAAACAGGCGCUAUCAACUCAACAGUUGUGUCUGUUGAUAUAUCUCACUGCAUAUUUCAUAUUUUUAAAGAAAGAGGAUUCGAACUAUCAUCCUGGAAUAAAUUCUACAUGAUCGGGAAUUCGUUCGACGAAUUAGCAGCAAAUGCUAUAAUUGGAUCCAGCGGGAGUAUACAUGAAGUUGUUUUCGAAGACAAUGAAAUUGAGAUUAUGAAUCCAGGCAGUUUAGAUUUCCUCGGAAAAGCUUUUAUUAAUUACGACAGAUAUAUAGAAUACAAAAAUAACUUUUACGGUCAACCCUGUUAUUGCAAUAUGUCGCACUGGUUUGCAAGCGGUUUUGGAGCGGACGCCGCAGAGCCAUUUUUAAACGAGAGUUAUUGUACUGUUGACGAAUUUUUCGCUAGAUGUUUUAACGUGUAUGAUCAAAAUAUGCCAUUCUAUAAAUUUUAUCAAAAUGUAUGUAACGAUAAAACGAGUAUUAAAUGUGAGUCCUAUAAUGCAGACGAAGAUGCUUCGAAAGAAGUCAAGAACCCAAGAUUUCCGCAUAUUUUUAUGGAAGAUGGUGAAAGUGGUUUAACGAGACGUAAUGCUAAAGUAAUUGGAAUUGUAAUUGUUACUAUUAUAGGUUGUAUAAUUAUAGCAUUGCUAUUCAGUUUAUUUAAAUGGAUGAAAAAUCGCGGAUAUUGCGUAGCCGUAAAAGAUUACUUUAGGAAUUCGCACUCUUCAUGCGGCAUUUGUGAACGACUAUGUGUAUGUGGGAACAACGGAAUAGAUAAUGCAGCAUCUAUAUCCCAAUUAUCUGUUCACGAAUAUUCUGAGCGUCACCGACUAAAUGAGCCUCGCGUGCAAGAUAAUAUGAUUCAAGAACAUAUUGUUCAAGAGACUACUCUGCCGAGUGCACCCCAGGAAGAUGAAGUAGUACCAAUCGAAGACAAAACAACUCAAACUCUACCAGAAGAGUUGACUAAGGAAUUGUUGGAAAAUUUAAAAGAAAAAUUAGAGGAUCCCGAAAACUAUGUAGAGGCUCGCGAAAUGAUUGAACAUCUUUACGAACUUAUCAAAGUCGAAGAGAGUUGCAAUAUGAACAGUCCUAUUUCGCAAAAAGAUCAAGAAAAUAUCUACGAUUUACCUUUUCAAAAUACCACACCGAGGGUUGGAAAGAAUAAGAAACAAAUGAUAAGUGUAGGAACACGUACACCGUCACUUGAUAAGCUAACGCCAUUAUCGCCGUAUUAUAGACACCCGGCACUAUCUCACGAAUACUUUGAACCAAAGGAUUUAGCUGUUCACCUUUAUGCUGAGAUUGUUAACAAUGAUAAAGAAAAGAAAACUUUACUUGGCUCCAUGCCUGAUGUCAUAGCGGAGCAAGCGGUCCCACGAGGACCUUACCUGAGAGCUGUCAGAGAAAAAAUGAUCUCAAGUGUACCAAACACACCUUUGAAAGCCCUAAACAAUUCUGGAGGCAACUCACAAAAACCGUCGACUAUAAAAUCAAACAAAUCGACCUCUUCAAAUAAUUCUGGCAAAAUGUUGAACAGGCCUUUACCAGAGAAGCCUAUUCCAGCUGUUGACCCAGGCGAGGGUACAUCGUUUAGAAUUGGAUGA